AUGGAGGGGCUAGGCAGGAACGGAUCUGGCGUGAAAAACGGAAGGAAGGUCUGUCUGUCCUUUGCGACUUCCCCAGAGGCCGAGGACCCUCAAGACCUCAUCAUCGCCACACGCCCGCUCAGCAUCUCGCACCUCGCACCUGCACUUCAGCACCUCAGCUCAAAGACCCCUCGUCGACAGCCUGAGAAGAGGCAUAUUCCGUCACCUGUGUCUCUGCCGUCCGAAAACCACGAUACUGCGACGGCAAGUGUCUCGAACCUGCGCCUCUCUUUGCGCAGCCCCAAAUCCCCACCAAAUAGCCAGCCUGCCAUGGCGCCCACUCUGCCUGUCACAAGGCUGGCCCUCGGCUACCCUCCUUUCGCCUGCGACUUUGAUCCCCAAGAUGCGACCCGUCUGCUUGUGAGCGGCGGCGGCGGCGCCAACCGGAGCGGUGUUCCCAACAGGAUAACAGCCGUUGACGCGCCCUUCGCCGAGAACCCGCGCAUCGCUGCCGAAGCCGACCUCAGCCGCGACGAAGAUGCCGUCAACACCAUCGCCAUCGGCCAGAAGAAGCCCGGCGGCAGCAACAAGGCCCCCACCUUUGUCUACGCCGGCAUCAACUCGAGCACGGCCGAGCUCGAGAAGGGCAAGAACGAACACUUUCGCGUCUUCUCCAUGGCGCCCUCCAGCAGCAAGUCUGAAAAGACGGCCCACACGGCCGUCCUGAACGAGCUGUCGCGGACGGCGCUUUUCCAGCAUGGCGAGGGCGACAAGGAGACGUACCAGCGCCUGCUGCGCGUGAGCCCGCCCAACCCAGAACGCCCCGGCCAGAAGCAGGUCGGCGCUGUGGCGACGGGCUUCGCCAAGCGGUCCCAGAUUGUCAUCUUUGAGGUGACGCUGGGCCAGGCGCCCAAGUCUAGGGGUGUUCUGGACAUUUCGCGCGAGGCCACCGACCUUGACGUCAUCCAGACGGGCGACGACAGCUUCCAGGUGGCAUACUGCGACGAGCGCGAACUAUUCGUCAUCAACGUCACCAAGGACGAUGUCACGGGCCCUGAUCUGGCCUACAGUAUGCCCGAGGACGGCACAGGUAUUCAGCCCAGCUUCAGGGCCAUCCGCUACAUCUCCCCCGUCUUCGUCAUGGCGCUGUCGAACCUGCCGCGGAACUCGGGCGUCUGCCUUAACGGCAUUCGCCUGCCGUCUGGGGACAUUGAGGAGGGCCGUCUGGCCGUGUCGGCAAAGCUGCCGCGCUUCAUGACGCGCGCCGCCUCUUUUGCCGUUCGCAACGUCAACACGCCUCCCGGACCCGGGGAUCGUCUCGGCAACACCCAGUUCUACGUGCUCAAGUCGGGCGUCGACCCGUCCGAGUUCUUCCCCAAGGGUACAAUGGUCACGCCCGGCGAAGGCGGCGCGCGCGCCGUCGAAGCUGUGCUCCCCGAGGUCCUUACGCCGGGCGAGUUCCUCGCUCGCCUUGUGCCCGAGGCGACAACACCCCAGGAGGGCGAGGUGUACGUUGUCCGCGAGGACGCCAUCCCUCACGCGGAUCUCGAGCAGGCGCAGGGCAAGGAGAAUGUCGCUGUGCCACCGCAGAUCAAGGCGGAACUGCACGAAGACACGCUGAAGGGGAAGCCGGCGCAGUCGUGGGAUGAGCUGAGCGCCGAACAGAAGGCGCUCUGGAAGGCUAGGCUCGAGGACGCGGGUCACUGGGCGGAGCAUCUCGGGACGGGCGUCUUCAAGGGCCUCGUCUUUUCGCAAAUUGCGGGUGCCGUCGGCCAGGCUGUCGGCGGAUAG